CACUAGUUGAUCAUCCGUUCUGAGAUUUCUCAAUGUCUGUAAGAUAUUUUUGUGAAUUGGAGGUACCUACUCGACAAACUAUAAUAUUGAAAAUAAUUCAUAAACUGAAUGUUGUCCUUAAUAGGUAGUAUAUUAUGAAAUAGCAUCGUGGUUUAGAAAUAUUGUUUUGUUCAAAUAAAAAUCAGACGUAUGGCCACAAGAGUAAUCUCGUCAUUGUGGUCAGAAUAAUUACGACUGAUUAAUUAGUUCCCGAAAAGUAUAUCAGGAAAAAUUGCUAAUAACAUGGCGAAAGAGGAAGACGACGACAAUUUACCUGAUAAAGAUGCGGCCAAAGAAUUUUACGCUAAAUAUGAACCGAAAGAGAUUAUCGGAAGAGGAGUGAGUUCAACAGUAAGAAGGUGUAUAGAAAAGGAAACUGGUCGGGAGUACGCGGCCAAAAUUAUCGACCUCAGUCAAGAGUCUCAGGAUGGCGUGGACACACACACGAUGCGGGACGCGACGCGGCAAGAGAUACACAUACUGCGGAUGGUGGCCGGUCAUCCUUACAUUAGUGAUCGAACUCCAAGAUGUGUUUGAAUCAGAGACAUUCAUAUUUCUGGUGUUUGAGCUAUGUAAAAACGGAGAACUGUUCGACUACUUAACGUCUGUUGUUACACUCUCCGAGAAAAAGACCAGAUAUAUUAUGAGGCAAGUUCUAGAAGGAGUCCGUUACGUGCAGAGCAAGUCGAUAGUGCACCGCGACCUGAAGCCAGAGAACAUCUUGCUGGACGACCAGCUCAACGUCAAGAUCACAGACUUCGGCUUCGCAAAGGUCCUCAACGAGGGGGAGAAACUGUUCGAACUGUGCGGCACGCCGGGUUAUCUGGCGCCGGAGACGCUGAAAGCCAACAUGUUCGACGACGCGCCCGGCUACGGUAUGGAGGUGGACAUCUGGGCCUGUGGUGUCAUCAUGUUUACACUGCUGGUGGGUUGCCCGCCUUUCUGGCACCGAAAGCAGAUGGUAAUGCUUCGGAACAUCAUGGAGGGAAAGUACUCCUUUACCAGCCCUGAGUGGGCUGACAUAUCAGAUGAUCCCAAAGAUCUUAUCAGACGGCUUUUAGUAGUAGAACCAAACCAGAGGAUUUCUUUAGACGACGCGCUCAACCAUUCGUUCUUCAACCCUGUGUUGUGGGACCAGGAUAUGACGCCGCUCAAGAGGUCGCUGUCUUCUAGCAGCCGCAGGAUGUCUAGGAUCGACCAGUUGACAAUGGCGAUAAAGAGCGGCGGGUUCAACGCACGCGCGAAACUGCGGUUGGGACUAGUGACGGUUCGCGCAGCCGUGCGCCUCAGCCGCCUGCCGCAUACAGCCGCGCGCGACUUGCCGUUGCACGAUGCGUUGCGCGACCCCUAUACCACGCGUGUGCUGCGCAAGGUGAUUGAUGGAUGCGCUUUCCGGGUAUACGGUCAUUGGGUGAAAAAGGGCGAAGGCCAAAACCGUGCUGCACUCUUCGAGAACACUCCCAAGACGGAACUGAAAUCUUUAUAUGUCAGUAACCUCAGCCGAUAGCCGCUGCCCGCGGAGGGUAUCGGAGCAUUUCCUUGCCGCUCCUGGACUCCCAGUCAUUGGGGCAUCACCUACCAGGAUAGCAGAAAAUCAAGACGUCACGUCUCGGUCCAGUAAUUUGUCCGAUGAAGUGUGUCGACGAGUGACUUAGGUUAGUCGUAGAACUGUUCAACCCUCCGUAGUAUGCGUUCCAUACAGUCUUAGAUAAAUUUAAUCUUGUACUCAAUUACUACCGUUUACAGGCUGCAAGCCUGGUACUUACGUUGUAAUAACGUAAUAGUUUUCUUUUAUUACAUUUGUUUUGUAUCCGUUUCUCAUAUAAAAAAAAUGUACAAAUUUAGUCACGAAAGCAAUAAUGUUUGUAUUAAUAUGUAAUUCAGUGAUCAAAGAGUACCUAUUUAGUAAUUAGUAGUAUUGUUUUCUCAUUAUGUAAGGUUCACAAUGUAGAUGGUAUUUAUUAUUUAGUAUGUUCACAAUAUAAGGAUUUUUUAGGACAUUUUCCUAUUUUUUUUUACGAUGUGCAGUAUUAACUGCAACAUAUUUGUAAUGUUUCAUGACAAUAUCCACACAAAAGUGAAUUGUUGAAUAACUUUUUAUAAAAAAAAUAUUUGAUUAUCAAUAUUGUUAGCAAUACCUAUGUUUCGAUCCUAAGGUUUGUCGAACUUGACUCGUGUCUCCGUCACAUAAUCAUUUCAAUAAGUGACAGCAGACUAAUAAUCAUUUGUAGUUAAAAAUUUAAUUGUAAAUUAAUAAUUAUUUCCAUAAAAACAUUUUUCAUUGUUUCUAUUAUUAAGUGAUACGUUGUGAUUGAACUAAAAAUAAUGGCUGAAUCAAAUUAUUUGAUCACCAUAGUUUAUGUAAAGUUAUUACACUCAUAUACAUAUUAAGAAAAAAAAGUUCUAUAAAUAGAGAAAAUAAGUUUGUCAUGAUUACAUAUAAAUAUUUUAAGUGAAGACAUAGGAUUGUAUAGAUUGAGUGUAUGAGCCAAAAAUAUAUUAAGCAUGUAAUAAAUAUAUAGAAAGUCAAGAAUUGCAAAUAAUUAAUAUUAUUAUUAGAAUCUGUUAUGACCAGCAGUGUAAACGCACUGCCUAACGCCCUUCUUUCCGCACAGAAUAUAGGAAAAUAGAUAUAUUCUUUAUUAUACUUAUAAAAAGCAAUUCUAACUUGUAAAAAAUAAUUUUUCUUCGUUAUCUUAGAAAGAGUUAUACAAAAAUCAUAACCCUCCUUUUUGUUUCGCUCUAGUCGGCUAAAAAACUGCAUUACAAAGAGUUGUAUUUUAUCGCAAUAAGCAUUCCUAUAAGGAAACUAGUAAAAAGUAUUUAAAUACGAAGAAAAAGCUAGCUGGCUGCAAUAUUAUGAAUUAUAAAAUUAAUAUACAGUAGAAUUUCGAUUAUUCUAGUCAAAUAAAACCGGGACUAUUCCGUUAUAUCGAAAAUCCGGAUAAUCGAUUUCAAAGUCAAAUCAAACAAUACUUAAUAUUAAUAUGUGUAUUUUUUUAUUAUGUAAAAAGUUUUAUAUACGUUAUUUAGACAAUACGAUGUAAAAAUUAAGAGCUAUAAAGGUAAUGGAUUACAUAAUACCUAUGUACCCUAUUAAAAAAUAUUACCAUUUCUAAAUUGGUAAUAAGAGCCGUGAAUAAUAAGUUCGGAUAAUCGAAUAUUCGGAUAAUCGAGAUUCUAUUGUAUACUGUAAGUAUUUGAGACUUUAUAAGAGGGUAAAAAAUACAUAUGAAAGUGCUCGUUGCUUUUUAAAAUAAGUAUAAAUAAAAAAAUAUAAGGUAAAGGUUUACGACGUAUCGUGUAUGUGGAAUCCGCCACGCACUAAACAAAUAUUCCAUAACUAUGUGAUACUAGCUCUUGCUCGUGGCUUCGUUUGCUCCCAUACAAACUUUCAACUCCCGUUUUAUUUCCUUAUGUGUUGAUUUUUUUUAAAUUCCUUUUUAAUUAUUUAUGUACGCUAUAUAAAAAUCUGUGUGUGUUUUUCAACCUGUUCGUGAUGUAAACGACCGCGCACGCAAUCCGGCGCAUUACGCUGGCGGAUUCGCAAACGUGAUACGCUGUCACUCAGGAGCUACACUUAAAGCAAAAAUACGCGAGAACAUAUUGGCGGACUGAUACAGUAUGUUAUGAAAUCCAUUCUUUAAAACCAGCGUUUAUAACAAUAGGUAUGUGCAUUGGUAAAGAUAUAGUUGUUCCAUUUUUUUUUAUUGUGAUUUUUUUGUUUUUUUUGUUAUAUUAAAAUAAAGAUUUUUCUAGGAUUUUUUUCUGAGAUCAUAUUAAUGAAUACCUACCAUGAAAUAUUUUUCAAAAUUUCGAGGUUGCAUGAAACACAAAUUUGAUGUUAAAAUUACUUAAUACAUAUCGUUUAAAAAUAUUUAAAAUGUUAAAAUAUUGUUUUUCAGAAUAUUAGUAGGAUUUAUGACGAACGAAAUGUUCCGUUCCAUUUACUGGGCCGAUUUUGGUACGAACAAAAACAUGAAAUUGAACUGGAAAAUUCGGGAUUUCAUUUCGUGGUAGACCCCUAACACUAGUUUCAAGGAAUGAAUUUAGUUAAUGAACAUACUUAUAUAUAUUUUUAAUACUACUAUUAAAUAUUCUGUGCCACGAAACACAUUUAGCAUUAUUUAGAAGAUAGCAGUAUUUAGUAUCAUUACCAAAUAUAUUGAUUAUAUGUGUAUUCUAAGACUUUCUAUAGUAAAAUGUAUACAGGUCUAAAUGUACAUAAUGUCUUGUAUUAGUAAGGUGCCUUCCGAACUGUUGGUGCGAUGUAUUGAUACGGUUUGUUAUGUUUCGUUCAAUAAACACCAAAAGAUAAAUAUUGCACGAGUG